AAACAAUCCGGAAUGGUACAUAAUUUGAUGACGUUUUAUGCACUUCCGGUUAAAAAAAUGGCCACCCCUUGCAUUUUAUUUACUUCAUGUUCUGAAUAUUCUGUUGGAAACCUUCUUAAAGAAAUCCUAGAGGUUGAGUGUUUACCAGAAGGGAAGAAGGUGAUCGAGGAUAUAUUAAGUUAUGACUGGAGUAUUAAUACUAAAUAUUAUACAGCUGAUGUACGACUAUGUAUGACAAAGAAGAGGACCAUAGGAGAUAAGCAGUUUGCAGAGUCAGUAAAUGCUUUUGUGGUCUUCUUCAAUGCUGAAAAGAAAGAAAGUUUUGAAUCAGUAAAACUAUGGAAUGCUUAUCUAAAGGAGAUAGAUCCAGAGAUUAAGAUGUUAGUAUGUGACAGAUGCUUGGAUGAUUCUGCUGUUGGUCGACUUGAAGCACAGACAUGGUGUAUAGAUAAUGGGUUUGAACUGGUUGAGUUGAAUCCUGAAACUGAGAGUGACAGUGAAACUGAAGAUGAUUUCCUGGAGACUACAGGUAUUAAGAGGAUUGUGCAAUCUCUACAUGCUCACACGUGGCCAAAUCUAAAUCUCAAAGACGAACAACAUGUGGCGAGUCCAUUUAUGAGACAACUAAUGAAGGAAGAGCAUGAAGCAAAGCAAUUAAACAAUGACAAAAAUCUAUGUGACAGUAACAAUAGCAAAGAUUCUGAAAAUGAAACCAUUCAAAAUGAUAGACUGUGUUCUGAAAAUUCAAAAACAGACAAUUCUGAGAACCAGUCGGUAUCAUGUGACGGUCAUGUGACAGAAGAAAAAGUUAAAAAUAACUGUGAUAAUAAUAAAAUGGAUGUUAGUGAUGAAAAAACUGAUGAAAAUACUGAAGGAGCAUGUGGUAAUAGUAAAAAGGAAAAAUCUAAGAAAAAAGCAAAGACUCAGUCUAAAGAGGAAAGAUUAGAUUCACUGUUACCAUCAGAGGAUAUGGCGUUAUUUGAGGCACUUGGCAGUGAAGACCCUGGAGGGGAAUCUUUCGAGAAACUUUUUGAAAAAUUUGCACAUAUGAAAGAAAAGGCCAAUAAUCUUCCAUUACAAGAAAGAAAAAAAUAUGCAGAAAAUGUUGCCAUAGCAUUCUGGAGAGCAAUGGGAGGUGAUGAAGAUGAAAUUGGCGACCUUGACAGUGAUGGUUGACCUUCCUUUGAGAAUUGGGACCUUGAAAGUGAUGGUUGACCUUCCUUUGAGAAUUGUGACCUUGAAAGUGAUGGAUGACCAUUCUUUUAAAUAUAGGUGACCUUACAGUAAGGAAUAACCAUUCAGUGAAACAGGUGUCAUUGACAGUGAAAAAAUAACCUUUUAAUAAAAUAGGUAUCAUCAGCAGUUCAAAAAAUGUCUUUUGAUAAUAUAGGUGUGGAACCAUUGGUGAAGAACACGUAAAUGCAGUUGUCCUUGAAAGGGUGAUUUUUCAGUGAAAUAGGUGACCUUGAAAAAAAAAAGAGAAAUACUUUCA